AAAUUGGAAAAUUUAUGUUUCUAUAACACAUAUACCCUCAAUAUCAUCACUUCAUCCUUUAUAUCUAUCCGUACAACGAAAUGGUGAAACUAUUAUUGAAUUCUUGAGAUUUGAGACUUUGUGCGCGAUGUAUAAUGAUACUAAACAUAUCAAAAAUUUGGUGCAUUGUGUGGAUAUUAACGGAAACUUUGACUUGCCUAUGAGAGAAAAAGAUGGUGCUUGUAGGAUAUUGAUUCAGCCGGUCGGAUACCAUUAUUAUCCGACAGAUGAGAAAGAAUGGAAGAGUUGUUUGAGAACUGUGUUGGAAGUGCUUCAUGACAUGCAUAAAGUCGGAUGGACGCACCGAGAUAUUCACUGGGGAAAUAUAAUGAAACAUGAUAGCAAUUGUACCAAGAAACGAGAUAAAGAUAGUAAUGAGAUGAAGAAGCAAGGUUUAUAUAAUGAUGUUGGGCAAGAUAAUAUUGUUUCUGUUGCGAAACGAAAUGAUAAUGAUGAUGAAUGGCUGAUAAUCGAUUUAGAGAUGGGUGGAAGAGUUAAUGAAGUGUUAGAUCUCACCCUAUGGGACCGCUGGCCUGAGAAAGCAGAAAAAGGACAAAUUUACAAAGCUUGUUACGACGUAUGGCAAAUUGAGAGAAUGUUGCAUGAGGUGGGUGAUAACGAAUUUAAAACAUUUUCCAAAUAUUUUUGGAAAUUUAGGAAUUUGUUACGAAGAGCAGCAAUAGACGAAAUCUCAGCUGCGGAAGCAUUGAGAUGCGAGUGGUUCGUUAUUGAUAAUGAAUUUAUUUGGUGA